AUGCCCUCAGCAGAAGACGAUUUCUUGGUGAGAGGUUCUUCGGGCAUGUUGCAACAGAAAAGGUCGUCGCGGAACAUGAUCGCGAGUCCACACCGCAAAGACGGCAUCAUCGGUGCUUCUUCAGGAGAGACUUCGAGUAGUAACGGAAAAGAGGUCUCCGUGGAAACCAUUUUAGACGACUUGGUAAAUCUGGUGAGCUCGUUAGAAAACGUAUCGAAAGGGUUAAAGUACAUGGGUGACGAAGCUUCGGUUGAGGUGAAAAAACUCACGGCCGAAGCCGAUAAACUGACGAUUUUAUUAGAUGAUAUGCUCGAUUAUCCCGGAGCGCAAGCGGUGAUCGUAGGUACAAAGAUUCCAACAGAAAUAGCGAAAGGAAUCAAAGGUGUCUCGAAGAGCUUGAAGCAGUACGAGAGAAACGUGAACGACCAGCUUAAAAAGUUUGAAACGGAACUCAAGAACGAAGCCAAGGAGAGAAAAGAGAGAAAUAGCAACAUUAGCACGAAUAACGGAAUGUCAACACCAGUAAAAAAUGGAAACGGUGACGGCAAAAAAAACAACGACGACUUACGAACUCCGUCUCCGAUGACGAAGAAGAAGGACAACGGUAAAGAUGAUACUAAUAAUCUAGAUGAAUCGGCGAGUUCAUCCAACGGAGGUAUGGGCUUCCUGAGCGGUUUGUUCUCUCCGAGCAGUUCCAAUCUCAAUCACAAUAAAGAGGGCAAGAACGACGCGGAUGCUGGAAGCAACAAGAGUUUCGCCAGUUAUCACAUCACAUACGUCUUGGAAACUCUAUCGACCAAAGCAGGCGUGUUGAGAUGGAACGAAACCGAGGCGAGCGCGGAGCAAAGAAUCCAGGAAUCGAAACUCGCAGAAGCGGGAGAAUUGAGGGACGAAAAGCCUGGAGGAUGUUUCGGAGGAUGCUUUGGAAAGAAGAGACCGAUACCGAAUUCUAAACAACCACCGUCUUCUCAACGAAGUAGUAGCAAAUAUAAUAGCAAUAGUAUUCGCGGGAACAACAGUUCUCGAAAAUGA